GGCUUCCUGCUGAACAGCAAACGCAUAUAAUCCAGCGUCUGGGAGAUGUUCAUGUAGCUGGUGCUGAAGCGCUGCCACGGCGAGCAGAGCAGCCCCGAUUCUGCCAGAAGAGAGGGCAUUUUGGCGGAUCCAAAGAGCGGCAAUUUUCUGGCAUCAAAACAAACAAUUAAAGUAAUUUCGCAGCAAAUAUAGAAAACGGAACUAUACGGUCACAAAUGGAGGCCAUUAACUUCAACGAUUUCACGCCGAUGGAGCGCUAUGAGAUAAUUAAAGCAUUCCUAAUCAAAAUGCGCCAAGCAAACUCGAUGCCAAGCGCCCAGCGCUUCUUUGAGCAUUACCUUCGCAAAUUCUACAAGCUGCCGGACAAAGUGGUAAACGAUAUUGCCUACUGUCAGCGGGCCAUGAAGACGUAUCUGUUGAUACACCAGACAAUCGUUCGCGUUUUCGGCGAGCAAGAGGACGCCGACCCCGUUAUCAAGAACAGCUACCUUCACGAACUCGAGGAGAUCCUGUACGAGGUGAAUGCCGAGUGCCAGUACAUGCUGUUGCGCCUGCAGGAUGACAUCGACCGCUUCUGUUUGGCAUUUAGUGAGCAGGAGCUGAAGCCCAAUGAUGAAGUGAUAAACGAUAUUGUCAGUGGGGCUAUUGUGCCGCUUGUGGUGUCUGAAAAAGUAUCGUUAGAGCCGUACUUUGUUGGCGUGCGGCCCACAGAGCAGGAACUGAUGCAGAAGUACUUUAUCACCAGCGAAGUGUCUGCCCCACAAUUGCCGCUGCACGCCUACACGACCACGGUGGUCAAGGAGAGCCGCCUCAACCUACAGGCAGCGUUGGCCCGCACGCGCACUCCUCAGGUCGACAAAGCGGAGCGCCCAAAGGAAGAAUUUAUGCAGUCCGUCGGACUCAUCACCCUCAUAGAGAAACAACGCAUCAACCUGUCGCAAGAAGUCAAGCAAACGGUGCCCCAACAGUAUUCAUUGCCGCCAAAAAAGCAAAAGGCGCCGCAACCCAAAUGAUGUGCCCCAUUCGCAUGAUUGUUUUCAAAACAGUUCGUUGUUGAUAGUAUUACGGUUUAGUUUUAAGUGACGCUUAAUACUCGAAAAGUUAUGUUUUAUUUUUGUUUGUAAACUCGAAGUACGACCGGUCUCAUUGGUAAUUUGUUAAGAAACGAUUUCCUUGAUGUGCGGCCUCUGGAAGCUCAGGAAUGAC